AUGGUGGUUGGCGACUACUGCACUAAGUGGAUGGAAGCAUUUCCGCUUCCUGACGCUACUGCAGUUACAGUCGCGCACACUUUGGUGACUGAGUUUGUCUGUCGAUUCGGGGUGCCCCAAGAACUUCACUCUGAUCAGGGCACAAACUUUGAGUCAGAAGUGUUCAGGGAAAUGUGCCAAAUUCUUGGCAUUUCGAAAACUCGGACAACCGCCUAUAAUCCGAAAUCGGACGGCAUGGUUGAGAGGUUUAACAAAACCUUGGUCAACAUCGUGGCGAUGCUCCUUGACCCUAGGCGUAGGCAGAAGGACUGGGAUGAGUUCCUCCCCUUUGCGACCUUCGCUUAUAGGUGCACGCCGCAAGACUCGAUUGGGGAAUCGCCCAACAUGAUGAUGUUGGGGCGAGAGGUGAGUGUCCCAGUGGAUCUGGUGACAGGGUGUCCUGAAGUUGAGGUGGAAGCCACUGCAGACUUCGCUGAAACAUUGCGAAGUAAUAUGUAG